GCGCGAGUAAGGAGGCUGGAUGAUUACCCGCGAAGCCCUCGCUAUGAGGCCGAUCGGGGUAGAGGCAACUACCGCGGACGAUGGGAGACAGAUCAGAACCGACGAGAUGGAUAUAGGGACAACAGAUACGAGAGAUCGGACCGAGACGGAUAUAGGGACGACAGAUACGAGAGGUCGGGUCGAGAUGGCUAGAGAGGUGGUAGGUAUGAAAGAGGAGAUCGGGACUGGGAACGACGAGAUGGGUCGCGCGGACGGUUUGAGCGCGGGGGAGAUGCGAGAGAGCAGCGCGACGAGUCGCGGGGGUGGUACAACUGAGGGGACCGACGCGAUGAGUCACGAGGGCGAUAUGACUCGGGGGACCGCCGGAAUGAUUCGCAAGGGCGGUAUGAGCAAGGAGGGUCUGGAGGAGACCGCCGCAACGAUUCGCGCGGUCGGAAUGAGAGAAGGGGAUAUGGCGUCUCAUCAUAACCAUAUCCCAAAUGGUCUGGGAGAUGUAUCGAUGUUCCCUUCGAUGAAGGAGAAUGUCGAAGCAAGGAGAGUAAAGCCGAGUAAAGAAAAGGAGCCCAUCAGGAGCCAGAGCAUCAAGAUAACCUUUGAGGGGGAUAUGGCGACCACACCCAUAAGGGUGGCAGCCACCAAGUCGGCAAGAGGCUCUACAUCGAAGAAGACUGACACGGAUUACGUGAUGGCGGAGAAGGACGAGCAGCGGGUCGAUGGAGAGGAGGUUAUCCUUUCGCCGCGAAAGCGAAAGCGGGGAGUGAAGAAGUUCUUAAUGAAGAGUUCGCUGGACGAGAUUGAUACGGUCGAGCCACUGAGGCGGGCCCUUCGGCAACCCAUGCAGUGCUCUAUUCUUGAGUACCUGGCGGCAUCGAAGCCGGCUCUGACGAUAGAGCGACCUGAUGGGAGCCAAAUAUUGUCCAUUAGGAAGCCAGACGGAACGCGGGUAAUGAUUGAGACAGUGGAGCCUCGGGACCCGAGGAACAGAGCAGCUCUCACUGUGGGUGCGAGACCCAGUAAUCAGAUUAAGUCAUUACCUAUCUCCGGCUGCGCGGUGCGAUUUCGCGAGAAGAAAUAUGGUCCACUGCUUACAGAGGAAGAAGGUCGGAUCGUGGAGGUGGAAAAUUUAGGUCGGCUAAUAGUGGACGGCAACUCGUACCCAAAGGAAAAAGAUGAGGAAUUUGGCGGUGUGGUAUCCAAGGAGAAGGAAGAAGCUAUCGCUUUCAUGAAAGAAAAGAUGGUUUCCCACGUUGCGGAGCCGUCUGAUAGCGCUUAUGCUAAUCGAUGGUUCUUCCUACGAAAGCCGAAUGGCAAGAUCCGAUGGAUCCAGGACCUUCAUAAGGUCAACGCGGUGACGAUACGAGACGUGGGCUCCGUGCCACACGCCGAUUUACUGGCAGAAGGCACUGCAGGUAGGUUGAUUUAUUCGGUCUGUGAUCUGUUCUCAGGUUAUGAUGAGGUACCGCUUGACCCUAGAGACAGGCACCUCACGGCUAUGCAUAUGCCAUUGGGACUAAUACAGAUGAUGGUUGUCCCUAUGGGUUGGACUAAUGGGGUAGCCGUUUUUCAGAGAGCCAUCGUAGCCGUCCUCAAGGACUUCAUCCCUGAUAAGGUUGAAGUUUUUCUAGAUGACCUUCCUAUAAAAAGGCCAGUAAACAAGGAUGAGGCAGAGGUUGCACCUGGAGUUAGAAGAUUCGUCGAGAAGCACCUAACGGAUAUUUGCGCGGUACUCGAGCAGCUGGACAAUGCGAAUCUAACAGUCAGCGGAACAAAGAGCCGAUGGGCCGUCUCGACUAUUAAGAUCUUGGGCUUUAUCUGUGACUCGAGGGGACACCGAGUAGAUCCGGCGAAGUUAGACAAACUCCUGAACUGUCCGUCACCAUUACAUAGUCCAACCGAGGUCCGGCAGUUUCUGGGAGUGGUCGGUUACUGGCGAAUAUUCAUACGAAGGUAUGCAGAGAAGGCUGAGCCAUUGAGACUACUCCUUCGAAAAACUGAGAAAUUCUACUGGGAUUCCUCGCAGGAACUCGCUAUGCAAGAGCUUAAAGAUGAAUUUAAGGAGGAAGGACGCGUACUGGGCGUGUCGUACUUUGAUGAUGAGGCUGGGAGACCCUUCAUAGUAGCCACGGAUGCUGGGCCUUGUUCGGUAGGAGGGUUGCUAUCUCAGAAGGACGCUGAAGGGAAGGAAAAACCAUUAAGAUUUGAGAGUAGGACACUUAAUACGGUAGAGCGAAACUACAGUCAAUUCAAGAAGGAAGUAUUAGCUGUUCUGCGGUACCCGACCAUUGCACGAUGGUUGAUACGGAUUCGGUUAUAUGAUUACACCGUGGAGAGGAUAUCUGGCACUAAAAAUGUCGUAGCGGAUGAGCUCUCUCGGAUCCCUCUUGAGGGCGAGCGCCCGAUAGUAGCUGGAGCCCUGACAAUGGCAGAGCCGAGACACGCCGAGAGAUUUCUAGUUAAUCUUUACGAGGGCAAGUACCGAACGAUCGGACUAUACCUGACGGGAGAGGAGAGUCAAGAUUCAGAUAUCCGGAGACAAGCAGCCCAGUACUGCCUUAGAGCGAGCCACCUUUUCCGAAGGCCAGUAGGGUCGGGAAUGCCCCUACGAGUAGUCUGUGAUCCUGAGGAGAGACAGACGAUAGUUGCGGAGCUUCACGACGGGGUAGUCGGAGGACACAGGGGAGUCAAAGGAACCUACGAAAAGAUACGCCGGCUGUACUGGUGGGAAGGACAGUAUAAGGACGUCGAGAGGUACUGUAUGACAUGCGAGGAAUGCCAGAAAAGGGCUCUUGUGAAAUACAAAGAGCCACUUCAUCCAUCCUAUCCAACCCCACCAGGAGAGAAGAUACACAUCGAUCUGGUGAAGAUGCCGAAAGGGGUAGGCAAUAUGAACGAUGUUGUGAAUAUACGAGACGACUUCACGGGGUUCGUGGAUGGUAGACCUAUCAGGAGUAAGACGGCAAAGGAAGUGAAGAACUUCGUCCUAGAGUACUUAUCUAGGUAUGGUUGUGUCCGCAAGAUAGUGAUGGACAGAGGAGCGGAAUUCCUGGCUGCCGAGGUUUAGAAUGUAUUCAAGAGAGCUGGGGCGAGAGUUUCGAUAGCCACUGCCUACCACCCACAGUCAAACUCCCCAGUAG